AUGGAUAACCCUUUCGUAGAGAGUAAGCUCAGGCCAGGUCUCAAGCUAGCAAUCUCAGAUAUUGGUCAGUCAGAGAACAAAGGCAUGGUAUUACUACUCUUGAGGCGAUUCCGAAUCAUGCUGAUGCUGGCUAGAUAUGAUGCGCUGCUAUUUCGAACAUAUGCCGAGAUCAUCGAUCCGGACCCCAAAGGGCCAUACGUACCGAGCUUCUCCGAGCGUGGUUUCGAAGAACGCAAUGCUCCCGGACAAGACCUCGCUUUGAUGACGAAGCUCUCUUCGUUGGCUGAAUGUAUGAAAUUCACGCUCCAUGCCAACCUUCACGAAUUGUGUAGCGAGUGGACUACCGGGAUCGAGAGCUUACAACCUUUGCCACGAAAGGAUUUGACUGAAGCAGAAGAGCAAGUCCGAAUCCGCUCCACAGUCUCAGCCAGCAAUGCUAUAAACUGCAACAGGAAACUUAUCCAAUUUCAAUUCGCCGGCACACUGGUGCAUGAAUAG